GAAGGUUUCAAACUUGGCGCCUAUUGGAAUCGAGUUAACUUGGCCUAUAUCAGAUUGUUUACAAAUGGCCGGAGUGUAACCAGGGCUGUUUAAAUAAAAUCAAAAAAGAUGUCGUACGAAAUGGCUUAUACGCUGGUCCGAAAACCAGAGUCACGCUUCCGGUCCUUCGAUUUCAAGCAGGACCGCAUGUCAAUCAUCACCGCCCUGAAUCGGAUAGCUUCGGUUGCCAUGGAGAGAAUCAUGCUUAUGUUGAACAAUACAGAGCUGUGUACCAUCCGCCGCCUUUCCAACAUCCGGGAAGCUCUUAUGUUUCUCCAGGGCAAAUUUGACGACCCGAAGCUUCCGGGAGACACCGGGGAGUUCUACCGCCGGAAGUUGGCCGACCAGAUUCACGUGACGUUUGCGGUUGAAGGCGUGACGCAUGAUAACGUUUUAUCUGUGGUGGAAGCGGCCAUCGUGCUCGAGAGGGAGACCAGGCGCACACUCAGCACGAGUGCCUACAGCAGGGAGACCGCCCCUCCCGUCGACAUAGACGAAACUAUUUUGAACAUUCUCACGAGAAUCGCGGACGUUUUCUAGUGGUGCUUGAUUUUUGUUUGUUUACUUGAUUGAUGUGAAGUUUGCAGUUGGGUUAUGUAAGGGUGGUGAUUUACGCAAGCAUUUAUUAGCAUAUAUCCAUUGUUGUUAUUGUUUCUACAGAGUUUGUGGUUUUGUUUUUACUACGCAAUAAUAGUCUUCUAUUGACAUGGACAGAACGCAACAACUACCAUGAUAUAUCAAAUGGCCCGUGGGCCAUUCAUUUGUAACAUGUACGCAGUUCAUAACUAGCAAGUCCAAAGAGUGAUGGCAUUUUAUAAAAAUUAUAUUUUUCAUAUCGUUAAUAAAAUAAAUUGGUAAAUGUA